UCCAUCCAAACAAAGGAUAAUGGUGUUGUACUUCCUGUGACAUGUGCGCAUGCGUCACGGGGUACGUCUACAAUCAACGAUCAUGGCAUCUCCGGACUCUCAGGUCCCUAUAUAAGACAAAGAAUCAGCAAGGGCAGAGUGAGUGGGGUUCAAGCUGUUACUUGCUUUGCUUCUUUUCUUAUUUUCCCUUUUGUUCUUUGCCUUCUGCGUAUCUCCUCACCUCUACAGGGAGAGGAAACAGAUCGACGGAGAGUCGACCAAUAUGGCUGAGGAGCAGACAGUUGUAAUUCCAAGAGUCAAACUGGGUUCCCAAGGAUUAGAGGUCUCAAAGUUAGGCUUUGGAUGUAUGGGACUUAGUGGCAUGUACAAUGCCCCUCUCUCUGAAGAGGUUGGCAUUUCAAUCAUCAAGGAAGCAUUGAAUAGAGGAAUUACAUUUUUUGAUACUGCUGAUGUUUAUGGACCUCAUACUAAUGAAAUCUUGGUUGGGAAGGCAUUAAAACAACUGCCUAGAGACAAGAUCCAGUUGGCUACAAAAUGUGGUGUUGUUUUGAAGAGCCUUGAUUUUAGAGGCGCUUCAAUUAGUGGCAAUCCUGAGUAUGUUCGUGCAUGCUGUGAGGCUAGCCUAAAGCGUCUUGAUGUGGAAUAUAUAGAUCUCUAUUAUCAACAUCGGAUUGACACCUCAGUCCCAAUAGAGGAAACUAUGGGAGAGCUUAAGAAAUUGGUGGAAGAAGGAAAAAUUAAGUACAUUGGAUUAUCUGAAGCAAGUCCUGAUACAAUAAGAAGGGCACAUGCAGUUCAUCCCAUAACUGCAGUGCAAAUGGAAUGGUCACUUUGGACUCGUGACAUCGAACCUGAGAUUGUCCCACUUUGCAGGGAACUUGGAAUUGCAGUAGUUGCUUAUAGCCCUCUUGGUCGUGGUUUUUUUGGUGGCAAAGCAGUAGUGGAAAGUUUGCCUGCAGAGACUCUACUGAAAACACAUCCAAGGUUCACAGCAGAAAAUGUGGAAAAGAAUAAGGUGUUCUACACUAGAAUAGGAAAUUUGGCCAAAAAACAUGGAUGUAGUCCAGCUCAGCUGGCUCUUGCAUGGGUUCUCAAUCAAGGGGAUGAUGUGGUUCCCAUCCCUGGGACAACUAAGAUUAGAAAUUUGGUUGACAAUAUUGGAGCAUUGAGAAUCAAGCUAACAAAAGAUGAGUUGAAGGAGAUCAGUGAUGCUGUUCCUAUAGAUGAAGUAGCUGGAGUUAGAUCCUACAAUUUCAGCCAUACCUUUAAGUUUGCUGAUACACCAUUGCCUAAAAAUGCCUAAGCUGUAAGCUGAUAUAUAUGUGGAAGAAAGAUGGUGCAAGCACUGCAGUACUCGAGAAAAUUUUCCUCCGGGCUGAUUGCGGAGGCGAAAAUAUAACAAACAAUAAUAGCUGCCUUGUAAUUUAUCAAUUUCGACCAGGCCGUUAUCAAUUUGAAGAAAAAGAAACCCUGUUUAAAUUAGAGAAAGAAAGCAUAUAUGAUUAUAAUAAUGAAGAUAAUCAUGGAAAAUUUUUCUUUAUCUUUAA